UAAUUCCUACCUCGAGGCUCGGGCAAAAGUGCUGGCUCCACCACAAGGUAUCGCGUCCGGGGACGAAGCCUCGAGGCGACCGACCGAAGCCGUGACUCCUCUUCUGUUUACAAAUACCUCCCAACCCCUAUUCCCACUUUCCUCUAUUGUAUUCCCAGGAGGUGGAAGGAGGGCUCGGCCCCUGGCUUUCGUUCAAUUCCUUUCUCCUUGGUCCUCAAAAGAGGCUUUCUAGGGUUUGAACGGUCGAUCUUGUUUCCAGCUCCUCCGCCAUGAAUCCCGAAUAUGACUAUCUUUUCAAACUUCUGCUUAUUGGAGAUUCAGGGGUUGGAAAGUCAUGCCUUCUAUUAAGAUUUGCGGAUGAUUCAUAUUUAGAGAGUUAUAUCAGUACCAUUGGUGUUGAUUUUAAAAUUCGCACAGUAGAGCAGGAUGGGAAAACCAUAAAACUUCAAAUUUGGGAUACAGCUGGACAAGAGCGCUUCAGGACAAUCACAAGCAGCUACUAUCGCGGUGCCCAUGGCAUAAUUGUUGUUUAUGAUGUAACUGACCAAGAGAGUUUUAAUAAUGUCAAGCAAUGGUUAAGUGAGAUAGAUAGGUAUGCAAGUGACAAUGUGAACAAGCUUUUGGUAGGAAACAAAUGUGAUCUGGAUGCCAAUAGGGUGGUUUCCUAUGAAACCGGGAAGGCAUUUGCCGAUGAGAUUGGGAUACCAUUCUUGGAGACCAGUGCCAAGGAUGCUACCAAUGUAGAGAAGGCGUUUAUGACCAUGACAGCGGAGAUAAAGAAUCGGAUGGCGAGCCAACCAGCUAUGGAUGCCAGCAGACCUGCUACUGUACAAAUGCGAGGUCAACCUGUUGCCCAGAAGAGCAGCUGUUGCUCUUAGAUUUAAGUUCGUCCAGCACAAAUGUUUGUGCUAAUGAACAAGUCCAUAAAGUUGCCGCGUGGGCGCAGCAAACGUUGUGGGCUAUUGGCUGCUUCCUUUAUGUGUACAUGUGAUAAAAGUUGUUGGAAAUCAUGCACGGUUUGCAAGUGUGAGCACAAACACGUUUACCAUGUCUUUUUUACAUAUAGAAGGAGCCUGUUCAACAUGGAAUAAUUCUCCUAGAUUCCUAAAAAUGAUUAUAUGCAUUAUUAUGAAGUGCAAAUUGCCUUGUGCUGCCU